AUGAUAUUCCUAUUUCUCUCCUUUCUCAGCACAAUUCCUGUGCUUGCAUUUGAAACCUGCUCUGCCUACUCUUGUAAACAUCAAUCUCAAAAAUUCGUCGAAGAUACUUGCUCCUUCUACGAGGCGGAAUCUGACAGAUACUGGCUUCACUCAUGCCAAAACGACCUUUCUUAUUACUGCAGCCCGGUUAUUGGAAAAAAUACUACCUGUUCUCUCCCACAAGCCAAAACAAAAUCGUCCUUAAAAUGGCCUGGUGAAAGCUGCAGAACAACUGAUGACUGCAAAUACAAUUAUAUUGGCGAAUGUGUUGAAAACGUCUGCCAAGGAAGCCCAGUCUUCGGAUUCUGCAGUGAUUCACAUUUUUGUGAGCCUGGAGCGUUCUGCAACAACCAAAAAAUCUGUGUAAAGCAAUUCCCAGACGGAGUUCAAGAUUGUGAAAAUGACUAUGAAUGUGAAAAUGGCUCUGGUUGUGAUGGCGGAAUUUGCAGGAAAUAUUUAAGCAUAAAAAUCAAUCAAGAAGUUUCCCAGUGCCUCAGCAACUCAAAUUUACUAUGUGAAUCUUCAUAUUGCUUUACAAAUUCAACAGAAAAUAAGCAUUACUGCUUGAGUUCUUUAGGAAAAAAUAAAAAAAAUCCAGUCGAAUGCAGCACUGACGAAGAAUGCAUGUCAAAGGUUGACACCAUUUCUGGAGUGUCACUGAGUCCAGGAUGCCAUUGUGGUAUUAACCCGAAAGGAAAAAAAUUCUGUGGGAUAUUACCUGGCGAUGAUGAAUAUUUAUAUUAUUUAGGACAAUUAGCGACGUGGUAUAGAUCUGAUGAAAUUAAAAAAUGUAAUACAAUGAGAAGGCACCAUCAGACGUGUAUUUUGGAUAAUUGGAGAGAAAAUGACGCGUAUAAGCUCAUGUUUUUGAGGGAGACUGUGGUUAAGUAUGUGGAUAUUCAAGAAAAUGACUAUUGUAUCGAGACUAUGAUAAAUUCUGAGUAUUUCGAGCUGGCCCAUAGGUAUAUGCAUACGAUUAAUAAAGACCCUCAUGGAUCACUUGUUGGGCAAAGUGGGUCUAUGUUGAUAGGCUCAUUAUCAUUAAUUGUCUCGAUGGUUUUCAAUUAA